GUUUUGAGAAUUUUCUGGCGAAACUUCCGACGAGGAUUGUGGCUAGUUCCGAGGACUUCACACGAAAUUGACAGCACCACAAUAUUCCUCACACUCUCAGGACCAUAAUUGGAGAAAGAAUUGGAGAUUGGUGGAGGAAUGAAGUAUUUAAGCAUGCCUUAUAUAGGAGAGAAAGGAAGGAAGGAGACAAGGAUGUACGUAAUGGUGAACAGCGAAUACUCCUUAGUGCGUCGGGCUGCAAUUGAGUUCCUAUUACUACGUCUCUCCCUAAUUGGGACUAAACUCCCCGGCCGCCUCUCAUCUUCUGUCUUCUUCUUCGAGCGGCGACGACGGCAAGGAGGUCGGCAACAGCGCCAACCGCAGCGCAUCACCGCCAGGGACGUCGCGAGCAACCCCGACGAAGGUGACAACCUGGACAGGGACAUCAACCUCGACGAAUCUGACAUUAGAUUGGAACCAGCGUGGUCUACCGACGAUUCUCUGCGAACAAUCCGGCGACCACCAUUACCGGAGAUGACGACGGCCUUGGGACACAACGGCGAACAGCAACACCGAGGCACUGAAGAGGAUUGACCGGCCACCGACGACGAGAGUUCCGGCGAGGGCUACUCCUCCACUCCGGCGAAACAGCAGGGAGUUCCGGCGAGGGCUAUGCUCUGCUUCGUUGAACCAGCCCCGGCUUCCUGCAACGCACCUCUGAUCCGGCGGCCAUGGACAGCGGAGGGUUGGACAACGAUGUUGUUGGACAAUGGUGGCGUGGAUCAGGGUAACUCCUCUCAGCUCUGUUGACUUCCGACAGUGAUGACCGUUGGUUUGGGGCAAUGAAGGUAGUGCCCGAGGAGCAUUAGGCAGCUGGCGUAGCUCCAGCAACCUCUGGCGUAGCUCCAGCAACCUCGAGCCCCGAUGAGCGAUUCCCGGCAGCCGUAUUGGAAGGGGUAACGAAAUAUGGUUUCUCCAACGACAUCGUUUGGGUGAAGUUCUCUUGAGUCAAUCGAACAAACAAGGUGAGUACGUGGAUAUCUAACACUAGAAUAUGCAUAUAUGUUUGAAAUUGCGUUCAUAGUUGUUAUCGUGAUUAAUCUGUGUGGAAUACUUAAAUGAAUUGCUUGAUUGUGGUUUCAGGGAUUAUAUUGAUUGAAAAGGGUAGAACACAUGAUUUAGGUGUUGUUUGAUUAUUCAAUAUAUACGUUUGAUGAAU